CAUCACUUGAAACUGCAAUGCUGUUGCUUUUAUAAGGCAGCCCACUCAAGCAGCCACUGUACAAUUAUGAGAUGAUCUCAGGAAGUAAAUAGAAAAGGUUUUUGACUAGAUACUAUAGUUUAGAGUAUAAGACUGUGCACAUGGGAAAAUCACUGUCGGAGGCGUCUACAUCCAAGCCGUACCAGGGAGUGAGAGUCAAAGACCCUGUGAAGGAGCUGCUGCGGAGAAAAAGAGGAAAUGCUGCCAGAACGACACCCCCCACCGCAGUGAUGGUUCCCAGCAGCACUCUGCCAUCAUACACACAUGCUGGGUCUUCCAGCUUUGUAGAAGCCAACCAGAGCAGCUUAAAUGAUUCAUUAGUAGAUGUCGGUGGGCUCUGCACAGGAUGGAUUGCCCAGACCACCAGCACAACUGCCCUUCAGCCUCUGAGUCACUGGACUCCUCCAGACCAACACCACGACCCUGCCAUACCACCCCACACAGAUAUGUAUGUCCAGCCGAUCUGUCCCAGUUACACUGUGGUGGGCCCUUCUCCUAUGCUGACAUUUACACACACACCUCUCUUCACUAACCUUGCGACCAUGAGCACAUCCAGCUCAUCCCUGCCUCAGGUGGAGGUCCCGGACUCCUCCUUGACAUACAUUCCUUGGGCUCAGCCUUUAUCCACCAUCUCCGGCUCCGUCGUGCAGGCCCCCUCGAUGCCAGCAGCCCUGACGGCUCCCCAGCUCUUCCCAGUGCCUCUGACCUUGCCAGUUAUCUCACCAGAGCCUGAGCCUCAGCAGGUGGAGACUCCCCAGGCCCCAGAGGGCACUCUGGCCCUUGAGAAACUGCUGGAAGAAGAUGAGGGCCAAAAAGAACCCUACAUCUGCAACUCCUCGCUUUUUUCAGAAGAUAUUUAAGAUAGUUGCAUUAGCACUCUUUUUGUGCAUCUUCUUAAUAUACAUGAGCAUUUAGUACAGCAUUUUGGCAACAAAAAAAACUACUGUGCACUCUUAAAAAUAAACGUUCCAAAAGGGUGUUUUUGAAGUGAUACCAUAGAAGAACCAUUUUUGGUUAAAAAAAAAAAAAACACAUUUCAGUGAACAGUU